CCAUCCUUCUUCAGUGCUGGAAAUUCAGCGCCCACACAGCUGAUAUCUUACAGCGUGGGAAGUAACGCGCUCCGGGCUCACAUGGACUGGAACUAGUACCACUUUUGCUUCUUUGAAUGUUUGACUUGUUACAGACGGCGGAAAAGUGACACUCGUGUGUUCGGUGCAUGAGCUCAGAUGGCGGGUGCACAGCCUGGAGUUCACGCUCUCCAGCUCAAACCCGUCACAGUACCGGAGAGUUUGGUGAAAGGGAGCAAAUUCAUGAAAUGGGAGGAUGACUCCACCACAGUGACUCCUGUGACGUUACGGGUCGACCCUAAUGGCUACUUUCUGUACUGGACUGAUCAGUAUAAGGAGACAGAUCUUCUGGAAAUGUCAUAUAUUAAGGAUGUAAGAACGGGAAAAUAUUCCAGAACACCUAAGGAUGCAAAAAUACGAGAGCAACUGGGUCUGGCCAGUGUGGUUGGUAAAAUUGAGAACCGAAUGCUGACAGUGGUGACGGGUCCAGACAUGGUCAACAUCACCUACAUGAACUUUAUGGCCAUAGAAGAUGAUGUGGCAAAGAGGUGGGCAGAUGAGCUCUUCAGCAUGGCCUCCAACCUCCUGGCCCAAAAUAUGUCCCGGCAGACCUGUUUAGAAAAAGUGUAUAGUAGACUGGUGCUGCAGCUCACUCAAGAGGGAAGUAUUCCUGUAAAAAAUAUCUUUCGGGUGUUUUCGGCAGACAGGAAGCGGGUUGAGAACGCUCUGGAGAUCUGUGGCCUUCCGUUUGGCAGAAAUGAUGCAAUUCCACUAGAACAGUUCACUCCAGAUAUAUACAGAGUCUUUCUCAAUAACAUUUGUCCAAGGAAGGACAUCGAUACCAUCUUCUCUGAAAUUGGUGCUAAGAGCAGACCGUACCUUACAGUAGAUCAAAUUACUGAUUUCAUCAACAACAAGCAGCGGGACCCCCGGCUGAACGAGAUCCUGUACCCUCCACUUAAACCUGAGCAAGUGCAGGCACUGGUGGAGAGAUAUGAACCGGACAUCAUGCUCUACCAGAGAGGUCAGAUCUCUGUGGAAGGCUUUGCGAGAUAUCUAUUUGGUGAGGAAAAUAGCAUCAUACCCCCAGAGAAGCUGGAUCAGAGUGAAGACAUGACAUUUCCAAUGUCGCACUAUUUUAUUAACUCCUCCCAUAACACCUACCUCACAGCAGGCCAGCUGGCAGGGAACUCUUCGGUGGAGAUGUACAAGCAGGUGCUGCUUUCAGGCUGCCGCUGUAUAGAGCUGGACUGCUGGAAGGGCCGCACAGCAGAGGAGGAACCAAUCAUCACCCAUGGUUUCACCAUGACCACCGAGAUCUCCUUUAAGGAAGUGAUUGAGGCCAUUGCUGAGAGCGCCUUCAAGACGUCCCCUUUCCCCGUCAUCCUGUCAUUUGAGAAUCAUGUGGAUUCUCCCAAGCAGCAGGCUAAGAUGGCUGAGUAUUGCAGAUCAAUAUUUGGAGAUGCUCUGCUCAUAGAACCACUGGAGAAAUACCCGCUGGAAACUGGAAUUUGUCUGCCCAGCCCCAUGGACCUCAAGGGUAAAAUUCUUAUCAAGAACAAGAAGAAUUCCCAAAAAGAAGAAGGCAGUACGAAAAAGAAGCUCUGUGAGCAAACCUCCAACACCUGUAGUGAUACAUCCAGUGGAUGUGAGCCGUCCUCUCCCAGUGCAGGCUCCACUAAUCUGGAACAACCAGAUUCCAGUCAGCCCAACUCUGAAGGAAGGAAGGACGUUGGUGAUGUUGAAGCAGACAGCGAGGAUGAGGAUGAUGACGAUGACGAGUCUAAAAAGUCCAUUGAUGAGGGGACAGCUGGAAGUGAAGCAUUUGCCACGGAGGAGAUGUCCAACCUUGUCAACUAUGUCCAGCCUGUCAAGUUCCACUCCUUCGAGUUAGCAAAAAAGUUAAACCGAAGUUUUUACAUGUCAUCAUUUGUGGAGACCAAGGCUCUGGAGCAUCUAACAAAGUCCCCAGUGGAAUUUGUAGAAUAUAACAAACUUCAAAUGAGCCGAAUUUACCCUAAAGGCACUAGAGUGGACUCGUCAAAUUACAUGCCUCAGGUCUUCUGGAACUCUGGCUGUCAGCUUGUGGCUCUGAACUUCCAGACGAUAGAUCUGUCCAUGCAGCUGAACCAGGGAUUGUUUGAGUACAAUGGAAAAUGUGGUUACAGACUGAAGCCUGAGGUUAUGAGGAGGCCUGAUAAAAACUUUGACCAGUUUACUGAGAGCACAGUGGAUGGGAUUGUAGCGCACACACUGUCAGUCAAGAUCAUAUCAGGACAGUUUCUGUCUGAUAAAAAAGUUGGCACAUACGUGGAAGUGGACAUGUUUGGACUUCCAGUGGACACAAGAAGGAAAGCGUUUCGAACUAAGACGUCCCCUGGGAAUGCUGUCAACCCUGUGUGGGAUGAAGAGCCCAUAGUCUUUAAGAAGAUUGUUCUCCCUGCACUUGCAUCUUUAAGAAUAGCUGUGUAUGAAGACAGCGGAAAAAUUAUCGGCCAGUGCAUCAUUCCAGUGAGCGCUAUCCGACCUGGUUACCAUUACAUUGGACUGAGGAAUGAAAAGAACCAGCCACUCACACUGCCUGCUGUUUUUGUCUACACUGAAGUAAAAGACUAUGUUCCUGACACAUUCGCAGAUGUGAUAGAGGCACUCGCCAAUCCUAUUCGCUACAUUAACCUGAUGGAGCAAAGAGCCAGUCAGCUUGCAGCUCUUACAGAAGAAGACGGAGUACAAGAACUGAAUAACAAGGAGAUAGAUACAUGUAAGGAGCCCGUGUCAGAGCCAAAAAAUGAUGCCCAGCGCCCCCCAGCAGAGAACGGAAUGACCUCAACUCCUUUAAUAACUUCCAAACCGCCCUCAGUGAUCCACCCUCCUCCACACUCUACAGGAUCUGGGAAAUCAUUUCAAAAGACUGAAGAUGUGAUUUCAAGUGUAUUGACAGUUACAAGUGGUAUCUGCAAUUUCGAGGCUCAGACUCUGGAGGAUCUAAAGCAGCAAAAAGCAUUUGUUCGGGAGCAGAAGAAGCAGUACAAAGAGCUAAAGGAGCUGGUAAAAAAGCACCAUAAGAAAACCACAGAUUUGAUUAAAGAGCAUAUGGCCAGGCAGAGCGAGUUGAACGCUGAACAUCAGCGGCAGCUGUCAGUCCUGCAGAAGAGCUCCAGACGAGAUGGUAAGAAAAGACCAGGUUCUGCUGCUGAUCAGAAGCUGGUUGCUCUGGAGGAAGAGAAUUCCCAAAGACUGGCUGAGCUAAAAAAACAACAGCAACAGCAGCUGCUGACUCUCAGACAGGAUCAGUACUACAGUGAGCAGUACCUGAAAGGCAAACACAUUAAACAGCUGAUGGAGAAGCUGACCGUUGUUGCUGAGGAGUGUCAGAGUAAUCAGCUAAAGAAGCUGAAGGAGCUGUGUGAGAAGGAAAAGAAAGAACUAAAGAAGAAGAUGGAUAAGAAGAGACAGGAGAGGAUACAGGAGGCUAAAUCCAGGGAGAAGAACUUAACAGAAGAAGAGAAGUUAGAGAUCAACAGGUCACAUGUAAAUGAAGUUGUACAGUACAUUAAAAGGCUGGAAGAUGCUCAGAGAAAAAGACAUGAGAAGUUGACCGAAGCGCACAAACUGAUACGGCAGCAAAUUCUGGAGGAGAAACCAAAGCUUCAAAACGAGCUGGACCAGGAAUACCAGGACAAGUUUCGACGUCUUCCAGUGGAAAUCCAAGAGUUUGUACAGGACGGCGCUGAAGGAAAACUGAGUGACGAGUGGGAUUCAAGUCUAAGCACCUCUUCCACCGCUGAGAAGCUCAUCUAUAAAGCAGGCCAGUCAGAAGAGGAAGGGGAUGAAGACUCUACAGAGAAGGUGUUUGAUACGCCUCUCUAAGCUAGGUUUGAUGAUUUGGAAUAUGUUAACAUACUGUAUGUAAAUAGAUUUUGUAAUAUAGAUCUUCUCAUUUGCCUUGACAAAUCUGCUGGGAGAAGCAUUUGCUAGCAGUACAUUAAAAUUAUUUAGGUUAACAACUAGAAUACUGAUGGUUUCUUUGUUUUAUUUGGUCUUUAUCUUUUUACAGAGGUUACGGAGCUCACUGUAAAAUGACAAAUUGGAUUAUACAGCUUCUGUUAGGAUUUGGCUAAACAAUAUGGAUUGUGUUUAUUCUAUAGUGGAUUUAAAAGAAAUUUGUUUAAAAAAAAGUCUUACCUUACACAAUUGUUGGUAGGGCUAGAUAUGAAAAUCAUUUCACUGAAAGUCUAUAAAAGUUGUAUAAACCUCUAAUACAGAUUUUCAUCGUUUCAACAAAAGCUUUUUGUCCUAUAUUCACAAAAGCUUAGCAACUUUAACCCAUCAUUACAAUAUCUGCUACUGUUUUUAGAUCACCACUUUUGUGUUUGAUAUUAAAGUAGUUUUGUUGGAUAUUUUAAUCAUUCAAUUUUCAUCUUUUUAUAUCUGUAAAUGAAACCCAACAGACACUUAGUUAAAGUAACUUAUUAGAUGUGUAUUUAUUUGCAUGUUUUGUACACUUGUAACAUAAAACAUAUUUAGCAGACAAAAUAAGACAACAUAUGCAUACUUAUAAGUGUAAAUAUUGUGUUUUUUUGUUUAAGAAAGAAAAGAAAAAUGCUUUUAUGGUGGGACAUUCUCUGACAUUCCUCAAUUCUCAGACAAAACAGCAUUUUUGCCAGACUAAACAAAGUCUCAGGAAAGAAAUAGUCUAUGUCUUUGAUUUUAUACCACUAAACACUGUAGGCAAAAUGAUCCUAAUCAAAAAAUCAUUACAAAACGUGGCAUAGAUUAAAUUGGACCAAACUAAUUUUGCAAUUUCUAACCAUAGUGUUGACAACUGUGACAAAGUUUCAAGGAAGCUAGACAGCGUAAAAGCAAAAUCAAACUGCACUACCCCGCAGAACCGUGUAGUGGUAAGUUUACAUGAACAUGAGUCACACAAUGAGCAGCCCAAUAUAAAUUAUAGCUUGGUACUGGCUACUUGAGCUCAUGAUCUUUGUUCAAGAUUGUUUGCCAAGUGACUUUCAUUUCAUUCAUUUUGACCAAGGCUGUUUUGUCUGAUGCUUUUAUUUCUGAGUUAGUUUUGUUGAUUACUCUUUGUGGACAUGAUGUCUGUCACCAUUUAUCCCAACGCUUUCUUGUCUGAGGUGAUUUUGCCACAUUUAUUUUUGUCCCCAGCAGCAUAAACACUAAAUCAUUACUAACCUUUGACAUAAUUUUCCAGAGACUUGAAGUCAUUUUGUCUGAGGAAUUAUGCAUUUUUUUCUACGAAGUGAGCUGGAAAUCUAAGGACGUUUUAAAAUGUAAGCUAUGAUUAUGUAAAUCUGAACACAGUGAAAAAGCUGAAAAUAGAUACAGUUUACAGUAGCAAUUAUACGUACAUCAUCCACAACAUUAAAACUGACAAGUGAAGUGAGUAAUUAUCCUGAGUAAUCAUUGAUUAUGUUGUUACGAUGGCACCUGUCAAGGGGAGGGAUAUAUUCUGCAGCAAGUGCACAGUCAGUCCUUGAAAUUUAUGUGUUGGAAGCAGAAAAAAUUGACAAGCAUAAGGAAGCAUACAUACACAUUUUCACCAGAACAAUGUUUACUAAUGAUUUAAAAAAUUUUUAGAAAAGCAAAUAUAAAUGCACUAAACAUUUAUAGAGAAAAAUAUUUCAACUGGAUAGCCUAUACCAUUUCAGAAUGUGGUUUAAGACUCAUGUUACAUGGAUACAUCUUGUAACAAGUGUACAUGCACACAUCUUUCAUAUCUAACUUAAAAUUCUUCCACUAAUUUUAUACCUUACGUGUCUUCAAGCAGAUUAAAAAGCUAGUUUUAACGACACAUAUCUUUUGUGCAAAACGGCUGGAACGAAUAUUUCUAUUGCCCCUAGGUGGGCAUGUGUUAAGUCUGUGGCGCCCUGUUAAAGAGUGGCACCCUAUUCAGGGUAUAUUACGUUUAGGGUAUAUUAUUAUGUUUAGUGUUUCUGGGUUAACCCAACACAAGCCUAACUAGAAUUAAAAGGUGAAAAUAAAUUAAUCAAUACAUUAAAAAUGAUAACCUUCUUUUGAAUAAAUCAUUAUUUUUUUUAUUUUAAGCAAUGUAGCAUUUUUAUAAAGCUGCAGUAUGUAAAGUUUUGGGAAUUAUUUGGCAACAUGCAAAAUAUAAUUUUGCAAUUGUAGUUUGUGGUUUCUCUUCUCUAUAGGUAAUCUGAAUCUGAAGUCAUUAAUUUGUUAUGACACAAUGACAUAAGUCAUUCCAAUAACAUGUUUAUGUUGAAUACUCAACAGUGCUACCACUACAUUCUUAUUUUUGCUUUUCAGGGUAAUACACAGCAGCACAAUAACAUCAUGGUUUGAAUUUUCCUUCUGAAUUACUGUAAUAAUGCUAUUUUUUUUAAUAAAAGCAAGCGUUACAUAUUGCGGCUUUAAUAUUUACUGUAAAUAAUAUAUCAGCAAAGACGUAUUUAACACAUCCAUCAGUGCUUGAAUUUCCAAUACACAUUUCAAAUGUAGAAUAUAUUUUAUGCAUGAAAGCUAUUUAUUGUCCCAGUGGUUCAAAGCAAGACUGUCUGCAGACAACUGUAAAACUUACAGGCUGUAGUGCCAUGUAACAAAAUUGAUUUAAAAUGUUAUUUUAUUUUUCAAAAAAAAUGUUGCCAUGAUGUUGGUUUUGUGCCUUUUUUAUAUGUUUGCCUUGUCAAAUGCCUAAAAUGCAUUGUGUAAAGUUGUGAUUGUAACACAAAAGACUGUGUUUAGUUGUAUGUCUGUUUGUCCUUUGUUGAAUUGCUUUUGUGCACUUUUACUACUGAAACACUACUGAGUAACAUUUGUGAAUAGCAGUAUUUGGGCAGAAUGAUAUAAAUUCUAUUGUGGAUAAUAAUAUUGUCUGCUGGCUGUCACUCUUCUUUAGCCUAACUGUACGAGAUAAAUGCAGUCGUAAAAGAAUAUUACAAAAUAUGCUGAAAUGUAAAUUGAGGUGAAUGGAGAAUGUAAAUAAAAUGAAAAUUGGAUCUAUAAGCA